UUUCUUUCACCUGUAAGAGGAAUCAUGGCUAAAAUGAACGACACGAAGGAGUGGAGUAUCGCUAGGAUGGGUAUUUCUCUGCUUUUGAAUAACAAAACGGAGGAAGCGGAAGCCCUAUUUACCGGACACCCGCAUAGCUUCCACAUAAAAGCAGGUCGCUGCUUUGUCUUAUUCAUGAAUGCACUGAUGACCUUCGAGAACGAUAAGCUUCAGCAGGCUAUAUUUCUGCUGAAGGAUAUGGAAAGAGAAUGCGCGAGUGACAUAGGAUGGCUGAAAUCUAUGAAGAGCAAAGUCUUCAAAGCGGAAGAAACAGGCAAGGACUAUGUAUGUAAAUUGGAGAGGCAAAUAGUUCUCGCAGACUCGCAAGUCUGUUCGGCGAUAUUAACGUUGCUGCAACAAGAAUUAACUGGUUACGUACGAGGUGGUUGGAUGUUACGUAAAGCUUGGCGAGUUUAUCAACAUGCAUAUUCGCAGAUCUUGCAGUUGUACCAGCGCACAUUUGGUUCCAAUCCAUCGGGUUUCGACACGCGGUGCAGCACCCCUUCGUGCAACGGCUCUUCUUACUCGCUGCAAAGUCUACAUAGUCCAGGUUCCUCGGAAUGGUCUAUACCAUCUUGCAACGGUUCAACAAACAAUCCGACACCGAUCUCGUCGCCCUCAGGUCUGCGAAGCUCUCUAUCAAUGUUCUUCUCGCUCACUGGCAUCACGUCCGAACAACAGACACCCUUCGUCGAACCUUCCGAGGUCUCGCGAUUGAUGUCGGCGGUUAGCUUCGGUUACGGGAUUUAUCAACUGUGCGUCAGUUUAUUGCCACCUUCUCUUCUAAAAGUGAUCCACUUUCUGGGCUUCGAGGGCGACAGAGAGGCCGGGCUCACCGCGUUAAUGUACGCUCGCCUCAGCGAGGAUAUGCGAGCUCCUCUCGCCACCUUAUCUCUACUUUGGUACCACACAAUCGCGCGUCCAUUUUUUGCCCUCGAUGGAAGCAAUCUGCGUGCUGGUGUACACGCGGCGAAACAAUUGAUCGCGGAGUGUCAUUCAGAAUUUAGCAAUUCCGCGCUUUUCCUCUUUUUUGCUGGUCGAAUAGAGAGGCUCGAGUCGAAUGUAAAUGGCGCUCUGCAAGCGUACGCAAAGGCCGUGGAAGCUUCAAGUCAAAGAGAGAUCAAACUGUUGUGCCUGCACGAGGUGGCUUGGUGUCAUCUGAUUCGCCUGAGUUACGAAGAAGCUUACCGAUCUCUGACGCAAUUGCGGCAACAGUCCAGGUGGUCGGUGAGCUUCUACGCUUAUUUAGCAACUGUUUGCUGCGGCGCGAUCGGUAAAUUCGACGUGGUGGCCUCGUCCUAUCGGAAGAUCCUCCACUGUGACAAUCGAACGAGCAGAGAGACUCAACUGGGUCUGUUCGUCUUGCGUCGAGCUCCUAAACUUCUGGAUCAGGAAACUGGCCAGCCUUACACGGUUUUGUACUACAGGCUACUCGUCUAUGAAUUACUAUACCUAUGGAACGCGAUGCCGUCCUGCUCUGUAGACUCGUUGCAAGGAAUACUCUUAGAAUGCAAAGGCAAUCUCUCGGACGAGCCGAUGGUUGGCUUGGCCAAUUUGAUCGAAGGAGCAGCUUACUCUUACCUCGGCGACACUCAAGCAGCGAUCGAAAGUUACAGAAGCUGCCUGAAGCGUCGCAGUCCCAACAACGAUGCGUGCGACCAACACGUUAGCGCGUUCGCGCUCUACGAACUCGGCACUGCGCUCUGCGGUGUCAAUGUAAGCAAGAAACAGUAUCGACCAAUCGAUAUAUCGGAGAAAAACGUCGACGAAGGGAAAAUAGUCCUUUUGACAGCUCAGAAUCAAUACAGGGAUUACGACUUCGAGAGCCGGCUGAACGUACGAAUACACACGAGCUUGAGGAACUUCAACUGA